AUGGAGAGAACUAGUAAUUCAAGAAGGUCACAAAAUGAUGGAACUGAGUUAAUUAGUAAUAGAGAAAGUUGUGAUUUCAGUAAUUUUGAUAUAGUCUCAGAUUCAACUGUUGAUUCAAUAAUUACCAAUUCGACUGAUAGUACUAUAUCAUCACAUAAUAAUAUAACGUCUCAUCAUUUAGAAAAAAAAAAAAGUUGGUCAAAAAUUUUCGUUUUAUCUUAUAGUACAUUAGGUUCAAUUUAUGGGGAUAUUGGCACUUCACCACUUUAUACCCUUUCAACUAUUUUUGCUAAAAAUAAAUCUCCAACAAGAAAAGAGGUUACAGGUGUAAUAUCUUUAAUAUUUUGGUGUUUCACUUUAUUAGUAAUUGUUAAAUAUGCUUUUAUCGUUCUAAGAUUAGGUCCUAACAAUGGUGAAGGUGGACAAGUGGCAAUAUAUUGUAAAAUUUCUAAUAUUUUACAUACAGGUCCGAUUGGAGUUAAUUUCAAAGACGAAGAUGAUAAUAAUGAAAAUUUAUUAUCUCUAAGUAGAACAGAAACAAGAGGAAGUUUUGUCAGUACAGAGUCAUUCUUUCAAUCAAAAAAUUUUGGUUUAUUGAAAAAUAAAAAAUUUAAAAAGUUUUUUGCUACUUUCACUUUAGGGUUAUGCUUUCUUGGUGGUGCUUUAGUCAUUUCAGAUGGGUUAUUAACUCCAACAACAUCUGUGUUAAGUGCUAUUGAAGGUAUUGGUUUAGUGGUUCCAUCAUUCGAUAAUAAGAUUAUGCCUGUAUCUGUUUGUAUAUUAAUUGUGUUAUUUGCAGUACAACCAUUAGGUUCCCAAUAUAUUUCAUUAGCCUUUUCGCCAAUUAUGUUAACUUGGUUUGUUACUAUAUUCGUUAUCGGCUGUAUAAAUAUAUCAAAACAUCCAAGUGUAUUCAAGGCUUUAAAUCCUGCUGAAGCUAUAUAUUAUCUUCGUGAUCAUCGUUCAAUCGACGUCUUGGGUUCAGUUAUGUUAUCGUUAACAGGAUGCGAAGCAAUGUUUGCAGAUGUUGGUCAUUUCUCAGCAUUAUCUGUCACUUUGGCAUUAUGUUUUGUUGUAUAUCCAUCUUUGAUGUUAAUGUACCUUGGUCAGGGUGCUUACCUAUAUGAUCAUCCAGAAUCAAUUUCGAGUGUUUUUUUCUUGUCUAUUCCAGGUGGUAAUACAACUGGGUUUUAUUGGUUUGUAUUUAUUUUUGCAACAUUGGCAACCAUUAUUGCAUCUCAGGCGUUAAUCCUUGGUGUCUUUUCAAUUAUUAAACAAAUGAUCCAAAUUGAUUGUUUCCCACAUUUUAAAGUCUCAUAUAAAUCAGCAAAGAGUUCGGGUACUAUAUUCAUACCUUCCAUUAAUUUUUUACUUAUGAUUUGUGUCGUCUUAACGUGCGUCGGUUUUAGAAAAUCGUCUAAUGUUACUGCUGCUUAUGGUUUAGGAGUCUCGAUAGAUUUCCUUUUGACUACAGUCUUCAUUUCAUUAUGCAUGCUAACUUAUUAUAAAGUUCAUUGGCUGGUAGUUUUAUUCUUUUUCCUGACCUUUGGAUCAUUAGAAAUGUGUUUGAUAAUAUCAAACUGCGUUAAAAUACCACAUGGCGCUUGGUUUACUAUAAUGGUAACUGCCAUAAUGUUUUCCUUCUUUGUAUUUUGGAGAUGGUGUCGUGUAAUAAAGAUAAAACAAGAACGUAGAGACCGUAAAAGAUUACAAGACAUUUUAUCAAAAUCGGAGACUAAUAAUGAUCCUUCUUUCAUGUUAGGUGAACGGAUUGGACAUACAGAUACGAAUGCAGUAUUUGUAAAACCUUACCUUAAUAAAUUAAAUCGAUAUCCAGGUGUUGCUGUUAUGUAUUCAGAGUUAUCUUCAUUGGUUAAUUCAAACAGUACAGUCCCCGGGUUAUUUGGAGAUAUCUGCAGAAAUUUCCCAUCUUUACCUGAAUGUUUCAUUUUUGUUGCCGUAAGGACUGCCAAAGUACCAUUUAUUCCACUUGAGGAACGUGUUCUAAUUCAAAAAAUUAAUCAUUUCAAAGGAUUUUAUAAGUGCAUUAUUCGUAUUGGGUUCAUGGAUACUAUAACAAUGGAUACACAUUUAAAGGUACAAAUAAUAAGUAAAAUAAAAUUACAAGGUAUCUCGAAUAGCGAGAAGGAUAAUCCUAUAAGAUUUAUUCAAAUAUUUGGUAAAGAGACAAUUAGAUCUGAAAAUCAUGUCGAGAAAGUUAAAUUAAAGAAUAUGUUCCCUUGGAUGUGGCGUGAAAUAAGAGGUUUUGUUAUUGAAUGGAUCUUUUUCCCAUUGAACGAACUUCAAUCAAAAGCGGUAAGUAUUGCGUCAAAGAAAAAUAAUAGUAAUGAUGAUAUACUGUUUAUAGGAAAAGAGGUUGAAAUUUAA